UCGCGCAGGCGGCAGCGGCUGGCGGGGAGUACGGGAUGCGCUCGGAGAAGGAGCGGGCGGGAGGCCCGGGUGCAGCCGUUGCUGCCCGGGGCCCUGGCGGGAGGGAGAAGCUGUCUGCUGCGGAAGUUCAGUUCCUACGGGAGUCGCCGCGGCGAGAACCCGAGACGUCAGCUUCGUCCUCCGGCUGCGGGGGCGGAGCCGGUAAGCCUCGCGAUGAGAAGAGGACGGCUCUAAGCAAGGUGGUCCUCAGACGGCUGCCACCUGGCCUCACGAAGGAGCAGCUGGAAGAGCAGCUACACCCACUUCCCGCGCACGACUACUUUGAGGUGGUGGCCGCUGACCUCAGUCUGCACCCUCAUCUGUACUCCAGAGCGUACAUUAAUUUUAGGGACCCUGAUGACAUCCUUCUGUUCAGAGAUCGUUUUGAUGGAUAUAUCUUUAUUGGCAAUAAAGGCUUGGAGUACCCUGCAGUGGUGGAGUUUGCCCCAUUCCAGAAGAUAGCCAAAAAGAAGCUGAAGAAAAAAGAUACCAAGACUGGAAGCAUCGAAGAUGAUCCAGAAUACAAGCAGUUUUUAGAAACGUACAAUGUGGAAGAAGAGAAAACCAGUGCCAAUCCUGAAAUCCUUCUGGGAGAGGUAGAGGCAAAGACAAGAGAACUCAUUGCUAGAAGAACCACACCUCUUUUGGAAUAUAUUAAAAAUAGAAAAUUAGAAAAGCAGAGAAUUCGAGAAGAGAAGCGAGAAGAACGGAGGAGGAGAGAGCUGGAAAAGAAACGCUUGCGGGAAGAAGAAAAAAGAAAGAGAAAAGAAGAAGAAAAAUGCAAAAGAAAGGAGGCAGAUAAACAAAAGAAGACUGCUGAGAAGGAAGUGAGGAUCCAGCUUCUUAAGAAACCAGAAAAGGGAGAGGAACCAACCACGGAGAAACCAAAGGAAAGAGGCGAGGAAGCUGGUGUUGGAGAUGGCAGACGGGAAGCUCAUGCCCCCUGCACAGUGGUGAAAAUCAGGCCCUCAGAGAGCCCGCCGGAGGCGCUUGGGGAGAAGUCACAGGACGACAGUGACGGAGAGCAAAGGGACCUGGAGAGAAGACCUCGGGAGAGAGAAGCUGAAACUCUGAGGUGCCACCUGGACAGCAGCAGAAAGCAUGGCACUCACUCUGAGUUUGACAAGUUUUCCAGGAGGAAUGAAGAUGAGCCCAGAUGGACCAGAGGGAAGAAGGGGCGCCAGGACGGGGGUGUCCCUGUGGAGACGGCAGAGACGCUGGCCAGGGAGAAGGAGGACGAUGGCCCGGUGCCCAGGAAGGAGCGUCUGGGAGGCAAGGCACUCUGAGCCACUGGGCUGGCCCUGCCUGCUCUGCGCCAUGGCACCCCUGUGCUUCUCGGCCUCCUGACUGUGUUUUCCAAAUUGUCUCAUUAAACCAAGCAAGGGGCAUCGGCCUGGGGUGUGGAGUUGCAGGACGGUCUCCCUCGGUGAGAGGCCCCUGUGGCCUCACGGGUCAGGGUCUUCUGGAGCUCUCUCUCGUGCACCAUGCCUGCAGUGAGGCCAGGGCAGAGCCCACCAGCUGCUCAGAACCAAGUUGCUUUUCACCAAGAAAACUCUUCCGUUUAGUCCACCCAGUGACUUCAGACCUUAGCAUUUACCCUUCAGGCACCCUGCCCCAAGCACCCAGUGAACACUACGUGGGGUUCCCACUCAGCCCAGUGACAGCUUGUCUUUCAGAAAUUUGAAGUUCACUUUUUUUUGGUGCUGGGGAUUGAACCCAGGUGCUCUACCACUUAGCUACAUUCUUAGUCCUUUUUAUUUUUUAUUUUGCAACAGUGCGAGUUGCUGAGGCUGGUCUCCAGCUCAUGGUCCUCCUGCCUCAGCCUCAAGUUGCUGGGAUUACAGGCAUGACUACUGUACCCAGCUGAAUUUCCUUUCUGUUUGAUUACAUUUUCCCAGAGGAGCAUUGUGGGUGGUACCAUCUUGGUACCCGGGCCAGGUCCCACAUCCAUGUUUGCCCAGGUCUGGCAGCCACUGACUGUCCUCUGUCUCUGACAUUUUAAGAAUAUGAAUGGGUUCAUAAGCACAAGGCCCUGGGUUCAAUCCCCAGCACCGCCAAAAAAAAAAGAAUAUGAAUGGGAGUGUGACAUGUGACCUUGGAGACAGGCUCUUUCCACUUGAUCCACUUGAUUCACUUCUAGUCCACUGGAGCUGAACAUUGGCAAUGUUCAUUUGUAGUGUUUCCAGGAAAGGCCAGCCUGAGACCCAGAGGAGUCUCAGGUGCAUUGACAGUCUUGUAGUGCUCUGACACUUUGGUAGACCCUUUAACCUCAGGGGACAGCCAUGGCCUUCUGGAGUGGGCACCUCCACACAGCUACUUCUUUCCCACCUGCCUAUGUGGGUGGUGGUGGUGGUCUGCUAGCCUUUGGUGGCUCACACGGUCUGCCCUGCUGUGGUGUGGAGUGGUGCUUUGGGGUGAUGGCUGCUGCUUAGGAGGCCAAGGCCCUCAAAUGCAGACCGGUGCCUGCUGAGCCUGUUCUGGCUCUUCUCACUGGCCAGACUCACAUUAGGGAAAGGAAAUGAUGCUAAACAUUCAGGGGUAACCAGUGGGAGGCCCCACACCCAGACAGCAGCAGGUCAAGGUGAGGAGGGCUAUCUGCGGGGUCCUCCAGGUCACACGUGGAGCCCCAUGGCAGCCAGGAGGAUACUGGGCAGGAAGUCUGCUCCUGGGGCUUUGGGCUGAGGGGAACAGGAUUGGCCUCCUCCCUGUUGCUCCAGUGUAGUGGGAAAGCUGACUGGCCUGUCCCAGAGAGGAGCUGUCCUCAGCCUUGGUGUCCCGGGUGAAGUCAUGUGCUGUGGCUGUGCACCCUUGCACCUGACAUGGCUGCUUUUUGUGUCCUCAAGUCCUGCCUGCUGGUGGAAUUAGAUCAGAACACACAGCAAAAUUCAUUCGCAGAAGUCAAGAAGACCACAGGAAUCACUCCCAAAGCUAUGACUUCCAAAGGUCAGGCAAGCUUGCAGGUGCCUGAGCAGGAGGCUGCGUCAUGCUCUGGGAGAUCCUGCUUCCUCCCUUGGGUUGAAAACAAGACUGUAGCUCUUCCCUGGGAGGACACUUGGUGUCAAGAUGAAGUGAAGUUGGUCUGUCAGCGUGUGCUCCUUAGGGUAGCCAGUGGAACAUUGUUUUUUAAAAACAUCUUGGACUUGGGGUGCUGACUAUGAGGGGCUGUUCUGCUUUCCCAGGCUGCUGCUCUGCCAACAGAAGCAGAGGGGCAUUGACCCACCUGCGCUGCUUCCCUUGGAAGAGUGAUCUGCACUGUAGCCUGCAGGAUGGUGGGCUGGCAGCUAUAGCUGCCAAGAGCUUCCCCCCAAGUAGGAAUUGGUGCAGAAGACUUGAGGGCUAUGGUGGGAGCAACAGCAAGGAGAACCCAGGGCCGUCCUGAGAAGAGGGAGGAGGCGAGUGAGCUCUCAGACCCCUGUGCGGACAUGCCAAAACAGACACCACGGAGAGAGGCAUCCCUGGAACUGGCCUGAGAGGUGGAUUUGCUCCUUGGUGGAGACCAAAGUUUUCAUUGGCUGCCAUCCUGGGGUGAGAAGCAGUCUUCCUGGAAAUGGAAUGAAGUUUUCAUAGUUUACCCUUCCUAGUAGUUAUUUGGUCAGAUUAAAAAGCAGAAAAACUUGAAUGAGAUGGGAGGACAUUGGUAUUACCUCUGAAUUCUGAAGCUCUUUGAUAUGCUGUCAGAGUAACACCCACUUUGGCCAGGCACAAUGGCCACACCUGUAACCAGCAACCAGGGAGGCGAGGCAGGAGGAUUCCAAGUUCAAGGCCAGACUCAACAACUUAGUGCAGCCCUAAGCAACUUAGUGAGAUCCUGUCUCAAAAUAAAACUAACCAAAGGCCAAAUGUUUUUUUCUGAUAAGUG